CAUUAACACUUCACUUACUUUAAAACACUGUAAAUGUAAGAUGAUAAUGAAUUUCUACUUCAUUUAUUUGUUAUCAUUUUGUACAAAUGUUAAACUGACGCAAGCGAAAAUAAACGUGUAUGACAUUAUUUGACAUUUUUAUUAUUAUAUAAUUCAAAAUUGGUGAUGGCCAUACUUAACACGUAAUUUCAGCAACUAAAAUGAAGAAAUUAAAAAUACAAACUUGAGUACAUAGAUGCGAAGAUGGCCGAAAUUUUAGACACUCCUCCAGAGGGAAGUGAUUAUAUUAAUGCUGAAAUGGAACAUCGACACCUGCUAAAAUUCCUUGAAUUGUUUUAUAUUACUGCUACACUUCAGGGAAGAAUUGCAUAUUUUUUAAUGUCAAUUCAUGCAGUGAAUCCAUCCAUUUUAAAAAGUUUUACAGAUUAUAAUCCUAAAAAGUACUUAUUUGCUAACAUGGUGUAUGGUGUUGGUGUAAUGCUUUACUGUAGACCGUCAAUGAGGGCUAUAAGUAGAUUUAAUCGGACCGUCUUUAGUAUUUUAGGGUCCUUGAUGUUUAAUCAUUCCAGCCUGUUAUUCUAUGGAUGUGGGAGAGUUAUGAUGCUGCAUUUACUGGCAUACUUGUACCAUGUGGAUUCCAGAUAUCGCGGGUUCCAUAUAAGACCGUACCCAGAAUAUGAGUCUAUGUAUCGUCAACAUUAAUAAACUAAAUACAAAAUG